CUGUCAAAUCCGAUUAGCGCUGUUUUCACCGUUUGUUCCCUCAAUCUAUUUUGGUUUUACGCAGCUACAGCCUGAACGAUACGAUUUUGCGAUUUUCCAUUGUGUAUAUACAUUUUCUUGUCAUUUGGGUCCGUUCAGAACACUUUCUGAAAGUUUGAGGCAUUGCAACGUGGGUGUAUAGAUUAAUUUCUGGUUGGUGAGUCCUUCUGAGUGAGUAGAAGGCGCUAGACUCUGCUGCUUUGCAGCGCGCUGCGUGGAUAGGACUCCAAACUUUUCCCUGCACGUUCGUGGUAAACUUGGAUUACCUCUUUCGCUCCUCCACAUCUACUUCCGCUCCCUAAUUUCGUUUCCAACUCUCUUUGAAAAUAUGAGAGAGAUGUCACAGAUAUGACAUCAACAACAACGAUCACUUAUCGAAAUCGACAGCGAGAAGGGGUCUCACGGAAAAUGCAGAAGAGCGUGCGAUAUAAUGAGGGCCACGCUCUAUAUCUGUCGGUUGUCGCGCGCAAAGAGGGCACAAAACGCGGUAUCCUGAGCAAGAAGUCUACGGAGAACAGUCGGUGGAACGACAAGUACUUCGCUCUCUACCAGAAUGUGCUCUUUUACUUCGACAACGACCAGAGCACGCGGCCCUCUGGGAUCUACUUGCUGGAGGGGUGCACGUGCGAGAGGGUUCCCGCGCACAAAGGCUCCGCGGUCAGCAAGGAGACUGUGGACAAGCAGCAGCACUACUUCCUGGUGGUGUUUGGCCAUGACGGUCAGAAGCCUCUGGAGCUGCGGACAGAGGAGGAGUCAGACUGCAAUAAGUGGGUGGAGUAUAUCCAACAGGCCAGUUACUCUGACAUCAUCAUUGAGCGCGAAGUCCUGAUGCAGAAGUACAUCCACCUGGUCCAGAUCAUGGAGACAGAGAAGGUGGCGGCCAACCAGAUACGCACCCAGUUAGAGGACCAGGACACAGAGAUAGAGAGGCUGAAAGCAGAGAUCGUACUGUUGAAUAAGGACAAGGAAAGGAUGCUGCCUUGCCAGACUAAUGAAGAGGAGGAGGAUCCAGACAUUAAAAAGAUCAAAAAGGUCCAGAGUUUCAUGCGAGGCUGGCUGUGUCGGAGGAAGUGGAAGAUCAUUGUUCAGGACUACAUCUGUUCUCCACAAGCUGAGAACAUGAGGAAGAGGAACCACAUCGUAUUUAACAUGGUGGAGGCAGAGACAGAGUACGUAUGCCAGCUCUCUGUCCUGGUCAACUUCUUCCUCAGACCACUACGUAUGGCCGCCAGCUCCAAGAAACCUCCCAUCAGCCACGAUGACGUCAGCAGCAUCUUCCUCAACAGUGAGACUAUCAUGUUCCUCCAUGAGAUCUUCCACCAGGGGCUGAAGGCUCGGAUAGCCAACUGGCCCACUCUGGUGCUGGCGGACCUGUUUGACAUUCUGCUGCCCAUGCUGAAUAUCUACCAGGAGUUUGUGAGGAACCACCAGUACAGCCUGCAGGUCCUGGCCAACUGUAAACAGAACAGAGACUUUGACAAGCUGCUGAAGCAGUAUGAGACUAAUACUGCCUGUGAGGAACGCAUGCUGGAGACCUUCCUCACAUACCCCAUGUUCCAGAUUCCUCGUUACAUCAUCACUCUCCAUGAGUUGCUGGCACACACACCUCAUGAGCACGUGGAGCGCAAGAGCCUGGAGUUCGCCAAGUCCAAACUAGAGGAGCUGUCAAAGAUGAUGCAUGAUGAGGUGAGCGAUACAGAGAACAUUCGUAAGAAUCUGGCCAUUGAGAGAAUGAUCGUAGAAGGUUGUGACAUAUUACUGGAUACCAGCCAGACCUUUGUCAGACAGGGCUCACUGAUCCAGCUCCCAUCCAGCAAUGAACGGGGCAUGCUCAGUAAGGUCCGUCUGGGCUCUCUGUCACUCAAGAAGGAAGGAGAGCGACAGUGUUUCCUGUUUACAAAACACUUCCUUGUCUGCACACGCACUUCCGGGGGCAAGCUGCACCUGAUCAAGCAGGGUGGGGUGUUGACCCUGAUAGAAUGUACACUUGUAGAGGAGCUGGAUGCCAAUGAUGAGGACUACAAUGCAGGAAGUCAGGGCUUCAACCACCUGGAGUUUAAGAUCAUGGUGGAACCCCCUGAUGGCCCCGCCUUCUCUGUCAUCCUAUUGGCUCCCUCCCGCCAGGAGAAAGCUGGCUGGACCAGUGACAUCAGUCAGUGUAUAGAUAAUAUCCGCUGUAAUGGCCUGAUGACCAGUGUGUUUGAGGAAAACUCUAAAGUCACUGUGCCGCACAUGAUCAAAUCGGACGCACGUCUGCACAAAGAUGAUGUGGACAUCUGCUUCAGCAAGACGCUCAACUCCUGCAAAGUCCCCCAGAUCCGCUACGCCAGCGUGGAGCGGCUGCUGGAAAGACUGACUGACCUGCGCUUCUUGUCCAUCGACUUCCUCAACACCUUCCUCCACACAUACAGGAUCUUUACUACUGCUGCUGUGGUCAUGGACAAACUGGCCGACAUAUACAAGAAACCCUUUACCUCUAUACCGGUCAGGUCUCUGGAGUUGUUCUUUGCUACCAGCCAGGGGACGUGGGGCGGCGAGCACUUCAACAACAAAUCUCCCCGUCUCUGUCGCAAGUUCUCCUCUCCUCCUCUCACCACCUCCUCCCCUGUCCACUCCCGCAAACUCUCCCUCUCCUCCCCCUUCCACUCCCGCAAACUUUCCCUCUCCUCCCCCUUCUCCUCCAAGGCAGGAGUCCUAGACCUCUCCACCCCUUCCUCCUCUGCUGCUAACUCCCCCACCUCCUCCCACCCUCCCUCCUUCUCCCCGUCUCCCACCUCCACCUUGGCUCCUUCAGGGUUCUCGUCCCCCCCUCCCACCUCCAACCGGGCUCCGUCAGGGUUCUCGCCCCCCCCUCCCACCUGCACGCGGGCUCCCAGCCUGCCAACAAUCCCGGGGCUCUCCAACUCCCCUCACACCACCUCUCUGGACCAUCCUCCCAGUUCUCCGGAACCUGCCCCCCCAACGCUGGAAGACGGAGGAGGAGACAUGCCACGCAUCGACGCCUGCUGUGGGAAACUCAGACGCAGCAUCCGCAGGGCUGUUCUGGAGACCGUUUCUCUGGAGAAGUUCCUUCCAGAGUCUAACCCUCAAGUCAGCGAGGACCGAGUCCCCCUGACGGAGUCCCCCUGUCGCUCCCCCUCUACACACCGACACAUGCGAUACAGACAGUCUGGAGGCUCCACGGGGGAGAACAAUCGUGGUACGAUGUCACCAGCCUCAGCCUAUGCUAUUGCAACAGCAGCCGCCGGACACGGCAGUUCCCAGGGUUUCAAUAAUAGCGAGAGGACCUGUGACAAGGAGUUUAUCAUCCGUAGAGCUGCUACCAACAGAGUCCUCAAUGUGCUGCGUCACUGGGUCUCCAAGCACUCACAGGACUUUGAGAUGAACAGUGAGCUAAAGAUGGGUGUAAUGACUCUACUGGAGGAGGUGCUACGAGACCCCGACCUGCUGCCUCAGGAGAGGAAAGCCACUGGCAACAUAGUAAGUGCCCUUUCUCAAGAUGAUCAAGAUGGUGCUCAACUUAAGAUAGAAGACAUCCUACAGAUGACGGAGUGUCCCAAAGCAGAGUGUUUUGAUGCUCUGUCUGCGAUGGAGCUGGCUGAACAGAUCACCCUGCUAGACCACAUUGUGUUCAGGAGCAUCCCUUACGAAGAGUUUCUGGGCCAGGGCUGGAUGAAGCUGGACAAGUUGGAGAGAACUCCAUACAUCAUGAAGACCAGUCAGCACUUUAAUGAUAUGAGUAAUCUGGUAGCGUCUCAGAUCAUUGCCCAUACAGACGUGGGCUCCAGGGCUAACUCUAUAGAGAAGUGGUUGGCUGUGGCUGGUAUCUGUCGCUGCCUCAACAACUAUAAUGGAGUUCUGGAGAUCACCUCAGCUCUCAACCGCAGCGCCAUCUACAGGCUGAAGAAGACAUGGGCCAAAGUCUGCAAACAGACCAAGUCACUGAUGAGCAGGCUACAGAAGACCGUGUCAUCAGAAGGCCGAUUCAAGAACCUGAGAGAAACCCUAAAAAACUGCAACCCUCCAUGUGUGCCCUACCUGGGGAUGUAUCUGACUGACUUGGCCUUCAUCGAAGAGGCAACACCCAACUUCACUGAGGAGGGACUUGUCAACUUCUCCAAGAUGAGGAUGAUGUCUCACAUCAUCAGAGAGAUCCGUCAGUUCCAGGGUGCGCCCUACAGGAUAGAGCACCAAGCCAAGGUUACUCAGUUCCUGCUGGAUAGGACUCUGGUGAUGGAUGAAGACACUUUGUAUGAGCUGUCCCUUAAGAUUGAACCCCGCCUCCUUCCUAGCUAAACACAAAGAAACACCACACAGUUGGUUUCACUCCAGCUGGCACUUAGUAUUUAGUAUUCUUAUUAUCAUCAGCUUGGUAACCAUGGAACCGAUGGACGGGAGAGCCCUGAGAGUCACCUGGUUUAGGGUUCUUGUUACUUUAGCAGCAUUGCCAAUGAACAACUCAUGUGAAGACGUGCCUUGCUUGUAAAUAUGUACAUAUCAAGAUGCUGUAAUACACUGUAUUAGUGUAGUGAUACCUGUUAUAAUGAUGAUCUUGCAUACAUUUCAAUGUAACAUAUAAUAAUAUAUGCCAUUUAACAGACGCUUUUAUCCAAAGCAGCUUACAGUCAUGCGUGCAUACAUUUUAUGUAUGGGUGGUCCCAGGAAUCAAACCCACUGUCCUGGCGUUGCUAGCAUCAUGCUCUACCAACUGAGCUAGAGGAUUCACAUUGAAGAAGACUGAACUCAGUUAGAUUUAGGUUUGGCUGUACCUGUGACUUCGAGAGGGAGAAGUUUAGCUGGCCAGACUAAUGGCAGCUGUGGGAAGAGACUAGUGAGGAGGGACAGUGGCUGUCUCUAUAUUGUCCGUGUAGGUGUAGCGAAAUGCUUGUGCUUCUAGUUCCGACAGUGCAGCAAUAUCUAACAAGUAAUAUCUAACAAUUUCACGACAAAUACCUAAUACACACAGUAAAGGAAUGGAAUUAAGAGUAUAUAAAUAUAUGGACGAGCAAUGUCAGAGCAGCAUAGACUAAGAUACAGUAGACAAUAUAGAAUUAAGCAAUAAGGCCCGAGGAGGUGUGGUAUAUGGCCAAUAUACCACGGCUAAGGGCUGUUCUUAUGCACGACGCAUCGCAGAGUGCCUGGACACAGCCCUUAGCUGUGGUAUAUUGGCAAUAUACCACAAACCACUGAGGUGGCUUAUUGCCAUUAUAAACUGUUUACAAAUGUAAUUAGAACAGUAAAAAAUAAAUGGUUUGUCAUACCCGUGGUAUACGGUCUGAUAUACCACGGCUGUCAGCCAAUCAGCAUUCAGGGCUCGAACCACCCAGUUUAUAAUACAGUAUUGUCACGCCUCCACCUGCUCCCCCUCCCUGAUGCUUGAGAGAGCCAGGCUCCCCAUCAUUACGCACACCUGUCACCAUCAUUACGUGUGUCCACGCAAUAUUGGACUCACCUGGACUCCUUCACUUUGUUGAUUGCCACUUUUAUACCUGUCUGUUCCUCAGUUUGUUCCCUGUGUCAGCAUUAUUGUCGUUAUGUUUUCCCUGUCCAGACGCUGUCCUUGUUUGUUUCUUGUCAGUUGUUUAUUAAAUGUUCACUCCCUGUACUUGCUUCUCGUCUCCCAGCGUCUGUCCUUACAGAAUGCUAACACCCCAAUUUGAAGCAUCAGGGAGUAUUAUUAUUAUAUUUUUCUGGUGACGUCGGGUCCAGGUGCCGUUGCCGGAGGAACCGGGGAUGCCUCAGCUGGUUUAUUGGGCUCCCAUGCCUUAGCUGGCUCGAGAGGUUUCCUUGCUUUAUUUGGCUUGGCAGGCUCUCACACCAUGUCAUGCCUUGGCUGCCUCAUCAGGCUCCAGAGCCUUGGCCGGCCUGUCAUGCUCGACCCAGGUGUGACCCCGGGGGGGGUACUGUCACGCCUACUCCCCCUCCCUGGCGCUCGAGGGUGCCAGGCUGCUCAUCAUUACGCACACCUGUCACCAUCAUUACGCGAUUCAGCGCAAUAUUGGCCUCACCUGGACUCCUUCACUUUGUUGAUUGCCUCCUCUAUGUAUGUUCCUGAGUUUGUUCCCGUGUCAGCAUUAAUAUUGUUUUGUUUUCCCUGUCCUGACGCUGUCCGUGUUUGUUUCAUGUCCGUUAUUUAUUGAAUUUUCACUCCCUGUUCACUCCCUUCUCGUCUCACAGCGUUGGUCCUUACAAGUAUAUACAUAUGAGAUGAUUAAUGCAAGGUAUGAAAACAUUAUUAAAGUGACUAGAGUUCCAUUUAUUAAAGUGGCUAUUGAUUUCAAGUCGGUGUAUGUAGGCAGCAGCCUCUCUGUGCUAGUGAUGGCUAUUUAACAGUCUGAUGGCCUUUAGAUUGAAGCUGUUUUUUAGUCUCAGUCUCAGCUUUGAUGCACCUGUACUGACCUUGCCUUCUAGAUGAUAGCGGGUGAACAGCCAUUUUUCUCAACCUUGUAAUGUGUAAUAUACAGUAACUUAUUCUCCUCAGAGCCAAACAAUAUAGAGAAUAUACAUGUAUAUGGCUCCACUACUCCCAGUCUUUACCCAAAUCGCAGUUUCAGCAAUGUUUAUUUGAAACGUCUCUGUUUUGGAGAUGACAAGAUUCAGAUUCUGUUCUUGGGUAAAGGGAUUUGAGCCAAACAAUUUCUCACUGCUAGUGUGAAGUACAGUCUUUAAAGUUACUAACAGCUUUUGUCUGAAUAUUUAUGUGUUGUAGUUUAUCUUUGGAUGUGUUUUUGUAUUAGUAUUUGUUUGAUUGUUAUCUGAUUACUUGUUCCAACAGUAUUAUUAAAAAACCUGCACUAUUGAUUCGUAAAGUA